AUGACGCCGGCCGAGACAAGCCGGGCGUGUUGCGUGUGCAAAAAACUAUUUUGCUGCGCGCAAUGCUGCGAACGACACCAGAAGAAGAAACACGCGAAUCUUCAAUUGGACUGUCCACUCUGCGCGUCUGAGAAGCUUCCGUUGAAAGCCUUCGAGGAUAAAAGUCUGUUCUAUCAUAUAGUGAUCGCACAUCUGCCACUUUACUGCUACUUGUGCGGUGAAACUUUCAAGAACAGCAAGGAUUUGGAGUCCUUUGGCACGUGCAACUGGUGGAAAUCUCGACAUCGUCAUUCACUGGUCACCGAGCAGGAGUCCGUUCUGGGCACGCCACCGUUAACUUCGGACGAAGCUGGAUCGACGGGGUUCAAUGGUAACUUCGGUCCGCUCACCUCUCCUCCAGAGUUGUACAGAAGCACCAGCACACCGAUGAUCAUGGGCCAGAAGAACAGCUUCGAGUUCAAAACACCGAACGUGCUGAGUUUCUUUCUGAAAACACCGAAAACCGACACCUCGUCGUUGAAGACAGAUCAAAUUCGCAACGAUACACAGGAAGGCAGUUCUAAAUACGAUAAUUCGACCAGCAAAUACAUCAGUUGCCCCUCGAACUUGGACUCAGCAGAAACUCCGUUUCGUUCUAUGCCUCUGACUCGUGAAAAUAUGGAAGAACUUCCGCGAAGCAAUUCGAGAAAGUUGAAUAUCACGAAAGACCAAGAAAAGAACAACACCAGUGAAUAUUACACGGAUAAUCAUUGUCUGGAGGAUAUGGAAUUGACGAACGUCGACGAGGAAGUUCCCGACUCUCAGAGUUCCGAAAUAAACCAAAGAGAGAAACGAUCAGAUUCGCUGAAAAAAGUUCGAUUCUCGGAUCAACACGAGGAUCCUCUGAUUCCAAGCUCGACGGCCACGUUCAAUAUGACGGAAAACGAAGAAUACUUCGAGGCGUGUAACACACUGUCCGAGAUUAAACAAUCUCUGGAGAAUUCGCAGGUGAAGAUAUACCAGGACAACGCGAAAAACACGGAAAAAGAGAAUCGUAGUCCGGAUAAGAAAACCAUGAACUGCAACGAACAAUCUUCUGCUUCUUCGCGAGUGGUGAUGAUGGUAAUGAUUGAGAACAAUUCUGCUUGUUCAACUACCGACUUGAUCGACUCUGGUUUAAAGAAAUUGCAACAUUUCGCUUCUAACACGAACCUUUCAGGCAGCAGUCAUAAUUCUUCUAGUUGCAGUGGUUCGAUUACGUCUGUAGAUAGUUAUUACAGUAUUUCCAAUCAUAAUUAUUAUUCGCCGCCAAAUGUAUCGAGUAGUACCGGUACCAAAGAGUUGAGUAUUUCGUCGAAUAGUAGUAACGAGAGUAGCAGCUCUGGUGGAAUUUUAUCCGCGGUUGCUAAUGCAGUGAGAAGUGUCGUGAAGAACUUUUCCGGAGUGGGAUCCUCUACGAACAUCGAAAGAGAGCAAGUUUCUUCGAUGGGCGACAUUACAAGACCCUCCACUUCAGACACUUUCAGUUCUGUUUCUAACCUAGCGUCUUCCCUUUUCACAAGACCGAGAAAACGUCCGAGAGACAUCGUCGAAAGCGUGCCGACUUCACAAAGGCAAGUGGAUUAUGUUGCUCCUCAGAUAGAGCUGAGAAGUCCUCUUGCGAAACGACCUCGUGGAUGGUAUAAAAUUAAGGGUCGAGAACCUAUCGCGAGAAUGCGAAAUAAACUGCCUCUUACAUCUCCGAGAGGAGUGUCUUCGGAGACUCAAGUUUUUCAUCAAGGAUCGUUGUCCGUUGGCGACACUGUUUUACCUCUACCCUCCAGGGCACACCAAUCUACGCAAACUGAUUGA